AUGAUGAAAGAUCUACGGGAGCUACAGCAGAAUAUGAAUGAGGUGGUUGAACCGGUAAGCCUAACCCUAGCCCAGAGUCCUAGCUCAGAGCCUUAGCCCAGAGCCUUAGCUCAGAGCCCUAGCCCAGAGCCCUAGCCUAGAGCUCUAGCCCAAAGCCUUCGCCCAGAACCCUAGCUCAGAGCCCUAGCCCAGAGCCCUACCUUGGAGCCCUAGUCCAGUGCCUUAGCUCAGAGCCCUAGCCCAGAGCUCUAGCCCAGAGUCCUAGCCCAGAGCCGUACUCCAGAGCUUUAGCCCAGAACUCUAGCCCAGAGUCCUAUCCCAGAGCCGUACUCCAGAACUCUAGCCCAAAGUCCUAGCCCAGAGCCCCAGCUCAUUGUCCUAACUAUUGCUACAGGUCUAGACCUAAUUCUAAUCUUAGCCUGAACUCACCCUAGUUUAAGCUCUAGCUUUAGCUUUAAAUCUAUUUAUAGUGUUAGCUCUAGUCCUAGCUCUAAUUUUGGCUCUUGGCAUAGCUUAGUUUUUGCAUUACGAUUAGAUCACGCAAUAGCAUUAACUAUUUAAUUCAUUUUUAAUUUUAACCUUAUCAUCUUUAGCCUUCAAAAGGAGAAGAAUCGUACAUUUUGAAUCAAAUGGGCCUAUACGAGUCAUCACCGUACCAAAAAAUUGAUAAGAAGUUGAAGAAGAAGAACCCAAUGUGCUUCUUUGUGUCGAUACCUUGUUCAAAGAAGAACUUAAUGAUCAAAUAA